CUUUUGCAGUUUGCAAAGCCCAAGCAUUGGGCAAUUGUGGUUUCCUCCGGAGAGAAGGAACUCAGGCUCGCCAACCCUGACCCUGGGCUUCUGAGCCUCAGCUGCUCUGGCAUGGAGAGUGUGGUACAGCCUUCAGUGUUUGUGGUGGAUGGACAGACAGACAUCCCAUUCAGGCGGCUGGGACAGAACCACAGGAGACGGCACUGCGGCACUGUCCAGGUCAGCCUGGCCCUGCUGCUGCUGCUGGGUGCUGGGCUGGCCACUGAGGGCUGGUUUCUCCUGAGACUGCAUCAGCGUCUUGGGGACAUAGUAGCUCAUCUGCCAGAUGGAGGCAAAGGCUCCUGGGAGAAGCUGAUACAAGAUCAACGAUCUCACCAGCCCAACCCAGCAGCACAUCUCACAGGAGCUAACGCCAGCUUGAUAGGCAUUGGUGGACCUCUGUUAUGGGAGACACAACUUGGCCUGGCCUUCCUGAGGGGCCUGACGUAUCAUGAUGGGGCCCUGGUGACCACCGAGGCUGGCUACUACUACGUGUACUCCAAAGUGCAGUUGAGUGGUGUGGGCUGCCCCCAGGGGCUGGCCAAUGGCCUCCCCAUCACCCACGGGCUGUACAAGCGCACAUCCCGAUACCCCAAGGAGUUAGAACUGCUGGUCAGCCGGCGGUCACCUUGUGGCCGGGCCAACAGCUCCCGAGUCUGGUGGGACAGUAGUUUCCUCGGCGGAGUGGUACAUCUGGAGGCCGGAGAAGAGGUGGUGGUCCGCGUGCCUGGAAACCGCCUGGUCAGACCACGUGAUGGCACGAGGUCCUAUUUCGGAGCUUUCAUGAUCUGAAGGCUAUGACGACAAUGGAUUUUGUGGAGGGACCUGUCAAGGACUCACCUCAAACCCAGCAACCGGGUUUGAAGUCCCCCCUUUAAGGAGCCCUGAACUCUGCAGGUGGUGUAUUCGGAAGGGUGUGAACCGCUGACCUGCUUUGGGCAAUCUUCAAAUCGGAGACCUAGAGACUUGGGGUAUGAAACCCAGGAGUGUGGGGGUCAGUCCAUUUGCCUGAUAUUCAGGAAGAAAGAAUAAAGCUGGAGUAUUUAUGCUUCUGAUGCAGACACCAAGAUUUGGGCUUUCUGGGUUUUGGGCUGGAGGUAAGAAACCUCUCCAGAGUGUCAUCAGGACCAUGGUGGCAGCACUUGGUCCACACUUGCCACCACACACUGGACUCUCCCAUCCAUCCACUGCGUUGGGGUUUCCAGUCACCAAAACAGCAUUGGCCCUGGGCUGCAACUGGCCAGCUACCAGCUUCUGAGCACUACAUCCUUCAGGGACAUCUUGAUGGGACCUCAGUGCUCAGCCCAACCCGCAGCAGCGACAGACAUGGCAGUAAUGGUUGAUCAGAGGGGAAGGGAGAAAAGGGAAGAAAGGAGGAAAUGCAGAAAAGAAGGGGGGGGGGACAAAACCAAAAAACAAAACAAAGGAUGAAGAGGCAGGGAAGGGGAGCGCCACCCUCCAGGGUGCUUUAUUCAACACAAUUAGAACAGAUUGUGUCAGGCUUACUGGACCCCUGGGGUUGAUGAAGACAGAGGGCUUGAGAUAUGGCUCAGUGGGUCAAGUGCAGUUUUAUGAGGAUCUGAGUUUGAAUCCCCAGAACCCAUAUAAAGACACAGAUGUGGUGAUGGACACUUGGCAGACCCAUCAGGGAAGGGAGACAGGAGGAGCCCUGGGGUUCACUGGCCAGGCAGUCUAGCUAUCAGUGAGCUCCAGGUUCAGGGAGAGACCUGUCCUAUGAAAGGUAGCGAGGUCCUCAGGCUAAUCUCUGACCUUACAUGCAGGACACAUGAAUAACGAAUAAAAUAAAAACACUAAAUAAUAGUAUUUGAGAGGCACUUUAUGUGUUC